AUUUCCCAAGAAUCCGUUUUCUAUAGUCUGUCUUCUUGUUGCUUCAGGACUGGAGCGGUCUAGGCUGAUUGGAAAGGACUCCAAAAGUGCCAAGUGACUAGAUGGGCGCCAAGGUGACAGACAGCUAGGGAACCGAGGAUCCGAGUGUUCCUGGACAGCCCAUGCGUGGGAAAGAGGGUUUGCACAACAAAUCUUGUUUCUGAGGAGUGGCCCGUGAAUAGGAAUGCCUGCCCAAAUACCGAGACCAGAGAUAAUGGAUGAAGAUCAGUUAAUGAAAGAAGUCUUGGAUAAGUUUAUUAAUUGUCCUGAACAAACAUAUGAAGAAUUUCUGAGCACUUUUACUCAUCUUUCAAAAGAGAAUAAUGUGGCCAGAAGGGGAGCAUGUGGAACUGAUUUGUCAGAAAAUAUAUUUACUACUAAAAAAUUGACCCAUAAAAAGGAAUCACAUGGUCAUCAUUUUAGAAAUACAGCUGUCAUUCCUCAUACUUCAUCAGAAUGCUCAGAAGAUGACCAGAUAGUGAUUGAUGAAGGCCAGAAAGUUGGCAGCUCCCUUCAAGGUGACAUGACCCAGGCUGGAAAGGUCAAGGUAGACAACUUCUUGGGCUUAGAAGAUUUGGACAUGGAGGAAGAGAGUGAGCCCCAGAUGAACAAGGAUCGGCUGCUACUCCCAGGUGAAGUGGAACAGGAUAUAAGCGCCAGUGUUCCUGCUUACGUUCCUUCUGUGAACCUGCCUCUCACUUCUGAGGUGAAGCCAAAACCCACCGUGCAAAGAACUCUGAAGCAAAUGGAAGAGAAUGUAAUCAUCAGUUUCCGGCCGUGUCCUGUGAGGGGUCGUCAAGGAGCCUUUGCGUCUGGAGCUGGUAGCUGCUUUCAGUGGCUUCGUUCUGAGAAGUGCAGUGCGUUCUGUGCGUCGGCUUCCUCAGAAUUGCCUUCUCAGAACCCACAGCUCUCGGGUACGGUUGGGGUCUGUUUGAUUUUUCCCCAUGAUUUUGUUACUAGUUUAUGUAUGUGCAUUUGUCUCUUAGAGAGAGACAUUUUUUUAACACUUCUGGCUUAUUAUUUGUCAAUAAAUUUUUGCCUUCAUCCUCUGUUUUAAUACAUUUUUUAGGUUUUGAACUGCUUUCUGGAGCAAGUUAAGUUCAUAAUAGUGAGAGUGAGAUUAUGGUUCCUUUGAAGAGACAGCCAUGGAAGAGGGCAGUAGAGAAGCUCGAGGUUCUCUGUCUUCCAUUUCACAAUGGGAUUCUAAAUAUUUUUCCACCAAGCUAGUUUAUUUGCCACAUCACUCUGUGUUCUAGCCUAUAGCUAAAUGCUACCGUUAUUGAUUUGAGCAUUAGUUUUGUGUUCCUUAAUUUGCCCAUGUGGUAUUAUGAAUGAAAAUGUCUCCUCUUUUAGUAGCGUCCCUGUAAGAAUCAGUCACAUGAGCAAUUUUACGGAAACUCAGUUUCCUAAUAGUAUACAGAUUCUAUUCCCAUAGUGGUCACAAAAAUUUUUCAAUUAGACUUGAAAUUAGAUACCUGAAAUCCACACAUUUCUCUCAGCUCCUUAGGCAAAAAUAACAAGUUAAUAACUUAAUUCACAUUUGUUUUUUGUUUAGCAGCAGGGGAGUUGGUGUUGUAUAGCAACGAUCCUUCUCCAAAAUAAGCCAGAAUUUCAAUUUGUAGUUGAAACGUUGUCACAGUAGAGCUUAAGAUGCUGAAGUAAACCCACCUUGAAAGAAGAAAGCUUCCAGGCUGCUAUGGCAGUCAACAGCUGGAUGGUGGAGCAAGCACGCAGUCUGCCUGUGUUUGAAGGGGUACAAUGAUGCUUUCUGAAUGGAGUGGCACAUCUCAUUACACUCGGAAUCAUGUAUCUGUGUCUGUCGCUCCUGUGUGCCUCUAUAAGCUUAUGUUAUUGCAACAUAAAAUGUCAGAAUGAACUCAGAACGAAACAGACACGCAACACCUAUUUACUCAGUAAACAAAUACGUGUGUUCUUCCUACUAACUAGGAGUAACUUUGUGCUAUAGUGACAUGGUUUGAAGUCUGUCGUGGUCUGGAUAUGAUCUGUCCCCCACAGACCCAUGCCUUUGUAUACGUGGCCCCCAACUGCUGGUGCUAUUUUCGGGGAAUCGGGGAAGUUUUGGAGGUUGGGCCCCAGCUGGAGGAAGUGAAUCACUGGAGGUUGACUGGCCCAGCCUGUCUGCCCUCCUCUGUCCUGCUCGGUGUAGCUGUGAACAACACUGCAACAUGUCCCACGUGAUGACACCAAAAGGAAGGAAGCUGACCUUCCCUUGCUGUGUCUCCUUUCUUCUCUUUGGAAUCUGACACUACUGCAAAUGUGUAAUAUUUUGAUUUUGCAGGGGCUCAUGGUUUAGAGACACCCCGAGUCUCGGAAGUGACUCUGCUUUUGCAUGUGUGAAUGGUUGCAAAACUGCUUAAGGCUAUAGGACUUUUGAAGUUGGACAGGAUUUAUUUUGCAUUAUAAAAAAAAUCAAGAGCUCAUGGAACUAGAAAGGAAAUAUCCUGGCAUAAAUGUGCAAUGCACCAUAUAGCUUAAUGUCUGAACAUUUGGUCUUCAGCUAGUGACACUGUUUUUGGAGGUUGUGGAGCCUUUAGAAAGUGAGAGAAGUGUGAUCACUGGAAAUGGGGCUCAAGGUUGUAUAGCCUGGUCUACAUCCUUUCCUUGCUAUACUUCCUGGUCCACAUUGGCUGUCAUAUGCUCCCACCACCAUGGAGCUAUCUGCUGCCAAUACUUUCCCAACCAUGAUGGGCUGUAGCCCUCAAAGUUUGAGCCAAAUAAAAGUCUUUCCCCUUUUGUUGCUUUUGUGAGGUAUUUUUGCAUGAUAACUCAAAAUGAAGCUAAUAUAGUGUCCUUGUCUCUUUUCUCCUUUCUUAGCUCCUUUCCUACAACAUGUCACAAUGAUCAAAUCUUCCCUCCUAUUCUUGACAAAAAGGAAACAAAAGAAGGAAAAGGUCACAUCCCUUAGACCUUUCUUUGGCUGUGGUCUGUUCCUCUCCCCUUUUCCACUCAAAUUUGUUAGUGCUUCUAGUUGAGUUCUUUUCCCUUCUGGUUUCUGCCCAACUCCAUUAGUGCCUCUGUCUUUUCUCUUUUCUUUCCUCUUGCAAUGAACUGCAGAUUGCUUUGCUGUGGAUGCCUACCUGAAAGUGUUCAGAAUGAGGGAACCAGGUAUAGUUCAGUGGCUCAGUCUUGGUGUGGGAAGUCCUUCUGUCUAUGUGUUGCUUUUAUGAAUAAAUCUGUUUCAGCCAGUGGCUUAGCAGAAAAGGAUAAGGUGAGAGUUUCAAGCAGAUAGAGGAAGAGAGAAUAGUUGGAGUUAGGGAGAAGCCAUGUAGCCACUAACAGGGACAGAAGCCUCCGCUGGAGCCUGCCAAAGCUUUGCUGGUAGGCCAUGAACUCGUGGUAAUGUACAAAUUAGUGGAGAUGGGUUAGUUUAGGAUAUAAGAGCAAUCUAGAAAUAUGUUUAAGCUAUUGGCCAAACAGCAUUUCAAAUAAUAUAGUUUCUGAGUGAUUAUUUCAUGGUCUGGGCAUCUGUGAAUGAACAAGCAGCCUCCUGCCAGAGAGUCUGGUGUUUCCUUUUCUACAUUUAUGGAGCAUGGACAUUCAUGCCUGUCCUGCCAUGGAAAUCUUUCCCUAGUCUCUUGAUUUACUGACUCUCACAAUUUGUCUCUAUUCUCUGUGUGUUUCUGUAAUUGUUCCUUCCAUCCUCCUUUGGAGGUUUUUGUCUGCCCACUCCUAACAAGUCAGUGUUCCUCAGGGGUCCAUCAUAUACCUGUGACUCUUCCCUCCUUGAAUGCUUGAAGCAGUGUUCAUCCUAUAUUCUUCCUAUUAGGCUUAUAUCUCUAAAUGGGCAUGUCUAGCUUCAGGUCUUUUUUCCCUUGAGCUUAAAGUUUGCGUGUUUGGUUGCUUUUUUACUUCUAUGUCUUCCAGGGAUCUUCAGAUGCACUGUGUUGACAGCUGAGUGUCCCUGCCUGUGCUUUCUCCUCUUCCAUCUCGAUGUCGUCAGUCACCAAGUGCUGCAAGAGCUGCUUUUUUCCUUUCUUUCUACUGGUGCUUCAUUGUCUUUGUCUCGUGCUUAGACUACUGUAGCAGAGUUCUGAGGAGCCUUCUGACUCCAGACCCAUCCCUUUGAAUAUACUGUCUAUUUAAGCUACAGUGUGAGCUAUUUAAUUCUAAUCUCCAAUAUAACUGGCCUCCUCUUCCUCCUCCUCUUCCUCCUCCCCUUCCUCCUCCUCCUCCCUUUCUUCCUUUUCCUCCUCCUCCUCCUCUUCUUCCUCUUCCUUUUUUUUUUUUUGGUGCUGCUAAUACCUGCUUCAUUAUAUGUGCUCAUUAAACUCAUUAAAAAGUUUGACGAAAUGAAGGAAGUGCAUUUAAGACCAAGUGUCUGUCCUACUUUCAAAAGAUUCUUCAGGAGCUUUUCAUCAUCUAUAAGAUGCUGCUGCUACCUCGUCAUUUCUUGCACCGUCCUUACAGUUAUGCUCAGACAGUACUGAACUGCUUUCAGAUAUGAAAUCCUGCACCUUGUGUUCAUAACACGCUCCUGAAAGCCCUCCUGUCUGCAGAGCUGUUCCUCCCUCAGCCUGCUGACGGAUUCUACCUAGGGAUCCAGCCGUCUCUGAUGCCUUCCCAGCCCACUCCAGUCUGGUCUAUGUGAGAUGCUCCUGUCACCACUCAAGCUCUUCCAUCCCACACGUCACUCUCAGGGUGUGUCUCUGCUGACACAGUCUCUUAGUGACUUCACACAGGUCUUUCUUUAUGUUCUAGGACCUCACACAGUGGCUAGGAAUGUAGGGAAACGAACAUUUUGGGAAGAAUGAAAGAUCCCUGAGUGACUGCAGGGGACUAGUCUUACACUUUGACUCAACAAAGCCAUACUAGAAGCUCGUCCCCAAAUGGCCUAAAAUACUCUGAGGAUCACACUCUGACUUUGCAAACAUUUUUAGUUUCCUCUGUUGUGUUUCAGCAUUUUGUUCGCAUUCUAAGAAAAUUAUCCGCUCUAAUGACAAACUUUAGAGUUCAUUGCAAGUGGCUGUUUCUUGCAUUGGCAAGUUCUAGCUUUCAGAAGUCUCUGUUUUUGCUGUUAUUUUGGUUAAUUCAAAAUGUCUGUAGAAAAUAUGCAGUACAAUGAGAAUUCAACUAUAUGGGAAAAAAUCCUUAAAGAAAAAUCCUUUUUUUAUUUAAGAGAGAAUUUCUUCAUCAGUAGUAUCAUAAUGCAGCCACAGUGUGGACUGAAUCUCAGGAAAAUGGAGGCACAUAAGAAGGCAUGGGAUGGGACCAUCUCUGAAGAACUAACUUAGCCGUAGGAGUUGGCGUUGAUCAGAAGUCUGAGAAGUCUAAGCUAUGAGCCUUACUUUAUCUGGACCACUAAGACAAGAUGGUGGACAGUGAGGAGAGGGGAUGUGGGGGCUGGGGGUAUGUUCUGCAGGUGACAUGCUCUGUCUUUCUCAGUUUUCCUAGUGAGGAGCAUGCCACAUGUCAGUGACAUCCCUUGUUACUGUCUUCUCCUUACAGGGAAGCCUGGAGACCCAGGUUUUGCUGUACUCUGUUCUGUUCCCAGUACCUAAUGCUAAGCAAGUGUUUACUGAUGAAUAAGUAAAGGUUGGGAGAGAUGGAAGUGCAUUAUGUACCAGGGAGUAGGAAGGGCAUGGUGUAACAUCAGAGGGAUUUCCAUAGCUGAGAGACUUAUUUAAUUUAAAGUGAUAGCCCAGCCUCUGUGGGAUGCGGAUGAAGGUCAGGUGUUCGCAUGUGGUGAGCACGAAUGUGUUCAGAGAAUCAGGAUGAGGUUCUGAAUCGUAGUGCAGGACAUAAGCCAUAUCCCUGCAACUCAGUAGAUGUGCUCUCUCUUGCUUUUAGACGAGAGCAUAAAGAGCUUCAAAAAUCCUCCGAGACCGAAACAGUCACAGAGACAGAGUUUCCUCUACAUCUAGGCCAGGAUCAGGGAGAAUCAGGUGUCUACAUAGUUAGGCAGGAUGGACUAGGGCCUGGUCUGCAGGUUUCAGUACUUCUACACAGAGUCGGCUUGGACGCUUGCAUUCUGGACAUGAACAUCAAGUGUCAUUGUGUGUGUGUGUUUCUUCAUUGGAGCUAGUCUUAUCAAUAGCGCCCCUCUGUUAUUUUGUGCUGAAGAUAUAUCUAAUUACAGAGAGCGACUGUGGCACAUCAGCCACUUUCUUCUGCAGGCUAAUUUGUGUGUGCGCAGCUGCUCCUUUGAAAACAGUCAUGGCCUUGAGUCAUUUUCAGUGGUAGCUGUGGGAACUGUGCAGCUUAUUCAGAGAAGGACUUUUCUUCCAAAGAACCAAUGUUUUUGAACUUGUUUUGUUUGUGUUUUUGAACAAAUGUGGCUUUAUUUGAAGCAUAUUGUCCUGGGUUCAAAAGUGGCCUAUCUUAUUUACUAGCCUUGGGCAAGUAAACCUUUCAAAGCUUCAUGACUGGGAAGCAAUAGUAUCAGGACUUCAGUCAGCCUGGGCAUAGUGAGCAUGGCUCUAGAAGGCCUUGCUCUUUUCCUCCCUUCCCUCUGCCUUGCUAAACACCAUUAGCUUAUAUUCCUAAAGCUAGCCACCAAGGUCUGUUCCUUUAUUUGGCCACUUCCUCCUCCUGAGGCUGACUACCGAGGUAUAGCUAUCAAUGUAUUAAAGUUCAGCAAUCACUUUGGCUAUUCUAAUUAACACACCCAAAUUAAAAUUAAACACCUCAUCCUAACCCGAGGUUUCCCUGUUUGCCUUUAUAAACCAUUUCCUAUCUGCUAUGUCUGUCCGCUCUCUAUCCAGAGGCAAUCCUUUGCCUUCCUUCAGGACAAAUUCUGUCCCCUCUCUCUUUUGUUCCCUUCACUCUCUCCCUCAUCCUCUGUCUCCCCUCUUUGUCCUUUGACCCUCUAUGGCAAAUAAGUCUCCUUUAUGGUGAGAACUUGGUCUUGGGGUGUCCUGAACUGAUACUGAUCCUUUCAGUAGAUCCUAGCAGGGCUGAUGGAUGGAAGGAUACUGUUGAUACCCAUGUGGUUCCUUGUACUAGGGCAGGCCCAUGAUAGUAACGCAUUCACUGGCAGCCGUUGACUUUCCUCCCUAGGAAAGCACAGAGGAGAAGAUCAGACCUCUGGAAAUUGUUGGAUCACAGCAGCUGAUUUUAUCGCUGCAGGGCGAUGAGCAGCUGCGAGUCCGCUGUUAGCACUGUACACCUUGCUCCCUAAUAGGACUCUGAACAGCGAGGCGGGAAAGCCGAGCUUUCCUGAUCAUCUUCCCACUGUAGCAGCAGCACAAGCCUCCGAGCAGCAUGUUCCAUUUUCACACACACUGCAGACGUUAUUCGGGGAGAUAAUCUUCCAUGCAAGAAUGUUUAAAGCUGACACUAGCUAGCUGCAGGGCAUUUUUUCAUUUAUUGCAUAAGCUAUAGUUUUCAAUUAUUUCCACACCACCAUACAUACAGAAUUGAUGAGGUGCUGUGUGAUUUCAUUGUGUCUCAUAUCAUUGGCUUUAAGUGGGAUUUUUCAGGGGUGAGUUAAUGAGAUUUAAGGCAUUCUUUUCUGUUUACUGGAACAUGUACUCUUGAUAAACAAGCGAACAAAUGAACAAACAGACAAACCUUUUCCCCAUGCUGAGGACCACGCAUAGAAUCUUGUGUGUGCCUGGCAAGUGUUCUGUUGACUGAGCUUCACCCUCAGCUAGGGAACUAUGCUUUGAGUGGCUCAUCCAUUAGAAGGCCUUUAAAGCUCAUGCAUGUAUAUAAACAUGUACAAAACUACUUCCUUUCUUUGCAGGUAAUCCAACUUACAGGUAAACUGUAAUAUGUAAAAAGGAAGUAAAAGGAUGCUGGACUUUUAAAUUUGAUCAUAUGUGUUUUAAUUUUGCCUGUUAUGAGACAGGGGUAUGGCUGUUAUUUCAAGUAUGGUAAAUGCAGGGUGUUUUUAGUAUCAUUUAAAAAGAUUACUUCAUUAACAGAUAUUUUUUAGCAAAUGACACAAAGGUUGGUCAAAACCUUAAGGUGUAUUUCUUGUUUAAUGGGUCCUUACGCCUCCAUCUCUGACACUGCAGUGGGCAAAGAAUGAACUGAAAGUGUGCAAAGUAGACCUGAUUCUUGCCUUGGGGGUGGAAUUAGUUAAUGAUACUCAUUCAGAUACAGCAUGAUACAAAUGGGGCAUAUUAAGAGUCUUAAAUUAGGUCAAAUUGAAUAAUUGAAUUUAUUUCAUUACUUAAAAACAGCUUAAUCAGCUGUGAGUGCCGAAAGUCUAAAAAAAGUUUCAUUAAAUAUUAAUAGGCUGUUUAUGUUUUCAACUUCAUCUUCACUUCAGUGACUGUGUUUCUUUUUCCUUUGGUAUAUUUUUUUCAGAUAUUUGGAGAUGAAGUACAGCCCUUCUUUCUUGAUGAAGAAU